CACCGCUUCCACUACAACAAGCGGAAAAACAAGGAAGUGAACUGGAAUCUUGACACAAGGCCGUGAAAGGGAAAAAAAGAGAAGAGAAGAUAACCAGAAAACUCCGUGAAAUCUUCCGUUGAUCAGCCUGGAGAACGAUUCAGAAAAUAUGAACAACAAAGCAGGUUCAUAUCCUCAGCAAGCUGUGUACCCACAACAGAGCAGUGCACCCAUCUACCCCUCUGCUAUGCAAGUGUCUCCUCAGGCACCUCCAUAUACAGAUGCACCACCUGCAUAUUCUGAGAUAUACCAGCCCAGAUAUGUGCUUCCACCUCAGGUGCCUGGUCAGGUGCCUCAGAUGUCCUCUCCAUACCCUGGUGCUCAGGUGUUCAUGCCCAUGCAGCCACCUAUGCCUGUUGGGCCAGUGGGCCAGAAUGUCCCCCUGGCCUACUAUCCUAUGGGAGCCAUGUACCCCCAUGGAUCAACAGUGAUGAUAGAUGGAGGCUUUGAUGCUGGAGCACGUUUUGGGGCAGGCAACAACGUUUCCAUCCCACCUCCACCUCCUGGACACCCCCCCAAUGCAGCUCAGCUGGCUGCCAUGCAGGGUGCUAAUGUUCUGAUGACACAGCGCAAGAAUAACUUCUUCUUGGGUGGCUCCAGUGGAGGUUAUACCAUCUGGUAACAGCAACUAUUCUCCUCAAGUCCUUCUUUAUACCUAAACCCUGUCAAAAACUCCCCUUACUUCCUUAACCUUCUGCUGUCCCAUAUGCCUCCCUCUUCAGGCUGCUUGGCCAUGCCACAAUACUGAUAUCACCUAAUGGAAUGUAAUACCUUAGAGCCCUAAUGAGAGGUACAGUACUCCACUUUUGACCCCGUGAUUAAAAUACAAUUUGUGGAUAGCACUGCCUGGAGAGGUCAAACACAAAUUUGUCCCAAGUCACAGAACUCCUUCCACAAGCUUUCAUUUAGCCUAGACUCUGAUCAUUUCAGAUUUUUACCUCUUACAGGUUCUGAUAUAUGUUUGUCAAAGUAAAGUGAAUGCCUCUCAGUUUGCAUUGAGAUGUUCUUAUAUAUGUGUGAACAAUGUAAUGAAAUAGUGAAGUGUCAAAUUCAAAUUGUAUACCUGAACUGCUUUAUGGUUACAAUAGAAUGCAGUAAUGUAGUGGCAGUUGAAAUACAAAAGGGCGAAUCCACACCUGUCUUUUUGAAAAAGAAAAACUGUAAAACAACUGUUAAUUUUAGUGUAGUUAUACUCAAACAUGUAUAAUAAUUCCAUGUAAAUGUAACAUGAUUGAUUAUGUCAGAAAUUACGUUUCAACAAUAUAAAAAAGUGAACUGUUUGAAUACUCUGAGGAGGGAUAUCAUUCCUUCCAGGAUAUUAUGUGAUAAAUGUUUUGUAAAAGGACCUGUCCAGUUUUUGACAAAUUAGACACAACGUAAUCAGUUACUGAGUAGAUUUAAGCAAAUACGAUUAGAAUAAGUUUUUAAAUACACAUUUAAAGUGGUUUACUGUACCUUAUUGGGCAACUGACAGAUGAUCUUCAACAAGUGCCAAAGAGCACUGGAGAAAGCCCUAAAUUAAAGCAAAUUAACUUAAUUAAACUUAAAGGAAAUAAAUGUAAAGUAAAUCCAAAUAGUGAAUCGAGUGGGAAGGAGUGGUUGGUGCAACAUUAAAGUUUGUUUUUUUUUCACAGUCAGAUACCCGGAAUUUAUACUCUUAAGUGUUUUCUUGUAUUUCAAUUACUAUCCUUUACUGAUUAUAUUGUGUCUUGUCACAUAAUUUGGCGUCAUCUGAUCAUGGGUUUUAAAGCAAUGAUUUGCUGCGGAAAAAAGGCCACUUUUCUGAUGCCAUUAUGGGUUUUUGUAAGAGUUGACGUGACCCUCUUUAGAGCAUUUUUCUAUUUUUAAAACAUUUUAAAUCAGUCAUGAUUAGCUAGGCUAAUAAAUUUUUAGUAUAACCAAUGAGCUGGUUGUACCAAAGAUCUGGUCUAUAGCACUUACAUUUUGUGACUUGAAACUUUAAAUGUCACAGUUUAAAAGCAAACAUGUCAUUGAAUCAGCAGAUAUCUAGUUGUUGGUACUUGGACCUUCAAUCUGAUGUGAUUGCAUUUGUAUUUUAACGCUGUGUUUGUCACUUCGUGUACAUUUAUAGUAUCUUUAUGUUCUUACAUACCUGUGCACCUUUGCUAUGUACAAAUUUGAUUAGAUACUUUUCAUCUGAAAUGCACUGCUAAGCAAUUCUGAAAAAAAAAAAGGUGCAGGCAAGGGGCUACUGUUUUUUGAAGUCUUAUUCACGUUUCUCUGGGGGGGAAAAAGCUGUGAGAUUUACGAACAUGUUGGGAUUGCAAUAUAGGACUUGUUCUUCUAUCCCAGUUUGUUUUAAAAAAAAGAAGAAAAAAAAGUCAAGAUGUGACAUACUCUCCAGUAGCCUGAGACUUGAGCUGAACUUCUGCAUCGGGGCACAUCACUGUCUACACAAUUGUUCAUUUACAAGACAUUUUUGUGCUGCUAAUUAAACUAUCUUAAGAACUUUUACAUGAUAGGUAACCGUACAAAAUUUAAGUAGUAGGUCAUCUUAAAACCACAAUGUGUCAGUAUGAGUAGCGUAAACCUAUAUUUGUUUUCACUCUGGUGUCUGGUAACGUCACGGGUCUGGGUAUCUGACAUAAUGUGCCAUGUUUUAACAGCUGUGGCCACCAGAAAACCGAUGCUGUUGUCUGUUAUUUCAAUGUUACUUUGGUCAGGUCACAAAGAUCCGGUGCCAGGAAAUCUACUUUUUUUUCUAUUAAACGUGCAGCAUGGAAUAUGUACUAUGUGAGAUGCAUUUCUCUGAGGCAACACAACCAGCUACCAUACCAGACACAGUUCACAUUCUUUUUUUUUUUUAUUGAAUGUGUGUUCACUCCUGCAAACACAUGCUGGUAUAUCAUUCAGCUUUACUAAAAGGCCACAGCUUUUAAAACUUAGAGUUUUGAUUCAAACGACUUGUUCAUUUUUUCCAUCCCAGCCCUGAUUGUGUUUGUAAUGCAGCAUAAUGGUGGCUUAGUCCCAGUUGACCAGUAGAUGCAAUGCCAACCACAGCCAGUGUGUAAUGAAAUUCUCUUUGUUGAAGGAUUAUGGACAUUUAUAGUUCAGGGAUUCUCUUUAACAUAUUUUGUUAUAUGGAUAUAUGUGCUGAAGUGAUUUGAUGGACUUUGGUGCACAUUCAUAUGAUAACUAAAGGAGAUGAGUGUCACUCGAGUUUGCUGAGAUUGAAGUCUUUGCAAAAGAACUUAGGUGCACUUAACUUUUUUUUUACUAAACUUAAAAUUUAAAAUGAAAAUUUAGAAUAAAGGUUAUUUUGGAAAUUUGAAAUGCUUCUUGUUCAUCU